AUGGGCGGAGGCGGAGAGUCCACGGCGCUCGCGGAGGCGCAGUACUCGUCGGCCAAGACGUCGGUGUGGUGGGACAUAGAGAACUGCCACGUCCCCAAAGGGUGCGAUCCCCACGCCAUUGCCCAGAACAUAAGCUCUGCCCUUGUUCGUAUGAACUACUGUGGCCCCGUUUCCAUCUCCGCCUACGGAGACACCACUCGCAUCACUGCUUCCGUCCAGCACGCCCUUUCCAGCACCGGCAUCUCCCUCAACCAUGUCCCCGCCGGUGUUAAAGAUGCAAGCGACAAAAAGAUUAUUGUUCACAUGCUGUUCUGGGCCGUGGAUAAUCCUGCACCUGCUAAUUACUUAUUAAUUUCUGGUGAUCGAGACUUCUCCAAUCCUCUUCACCAGUUGCGACUGAGGAGGUAUAAUAUUCUUCUCGCACAACCACAGAAAGCUUCUGCACCCCUUGUAGCAGCUGCUAAGAGUGUGUGGCUUUGGACUAGUCUCUUGGCUGGAGGACCUCCCCUCAUGAAUGACGAAUCACAUCAACUUAGUAAUAAUAGCAUCCAAUUGUCUUUUGACACAUUGCCGGUUCCAGUCCCUAACGCAGUUCAAAUACCACAUUACGUGGAAUCCUUUUCAGAAGUUCAUACCGGAACUCAGAAAUUUCCAAGUACAGGAAGGCAACUUGAUUCUAGACAUCAUGGGAAAAUGAAUGGGAGAAAUUCCAGUAAACCAAAUGGACCUAAGGUCGUGAAUCCAGCUCCAGUUGGACUUCAAGAAAAUUAUGGCAAUAUAAAUUCUUCUCGACCUGGCAACUAUACCCAUAAUGUUCCCCCAAGUAAUUCUACACCAAAUUUUACUCGUGGCAAUCCUGACCAAAUGCGGGGCAAUAAUGGUAAUCUACAAGGCAAUCUUCAAACUCCAUAUUCACAGCCAUUAAGAUCAAACCCUUUUCCUUUGCAGCCUCCUUUUGCAUCAAGCAAUUCAUUUUCUCCAAAUUCCCAAACUUUAGCAACUUCAGUGGUGCCACCUAGGACUGGUGGGCCCAGCUUCUCUGCAGCACCACUUACAAAUGUGCCAGAUAUUGGCAAUCUGAAAAUUUCUGGACAUCUAAGUAAUGCUCACGUUCCACGCCCUGUUAAACAACGGAACGGGGACUUGAAUCAGGGUUCCAACUGUAAUUCUCCAAAUUCUGUUAAGUCAAUUGAUGAACAAAAUGGACAUAUGAUACUGUACACACAACAACUGUAUAACGGCUUUUCACAUGGUCCAGAAUACCAACCUACAUCAUCGGCAACUGUGGGUGAUAAUAUCCUUUCUGGUAAUGGUAAGCGGGGAUCUCCAGGAUUUCCUAAACCUUCUGAAUACGUCCAAGGUCUUAUAGGGGUAGUUUUACUUGCCCUGAACACACUAAAAACUGAAAAAAUUAUGCCAACUGAGUCAAAUAUAACAGAUUGUAUUCGAUGUGGAGAUCCCAAGCAUCGCAACACAGAUGUCAAGAAGGCUCUGGAGAGUGCUAUUGAGCAGCAGAUGGUAGUGAAGCAGAAUGUAGGUGCUUUGCAGUUGUUUGUUGGUAAGAAUGAUAAGGUUUGGCAGUGUGUAAACCCUAUGGGUCGUAAUCCUAAGAAGUACACAAAAGAGACAUGGAAUGAAAUUAAAAAAUUUCUAACUACUCCUUCUGGAAGAUUAGCAAUAAUGGGUACUCAGUGCAAGUAA